AUGAAGACGGUAACCGGCACAAUCCUCUCUUCAACUCCGAUUUCCGUCUCCAAAGUAACCAAAAUCAUCUCCAACUUCGCCGCUACAGACAACGGCUCGUCGCAAGCGGUGAGCGCAUACCUUCGACGCGCGUCCGUUUUAUUCAACGAGCUCAAACAGUUGCAUAGGGAGCUGCGAAAACAGUGGAAAUCGGAUCGUAAGCACAAGAAGUCCAAGUCUGAGACCGCAGUGGAAGGUGCCCGCGAGUCGAGUCUAGAACCGAGUGUAUUCAACUUGACUCGUGGUGCUGUGGAGCUGAGUCAAGAGGCGAGUCAUGGGUAUGGGGAUAGUGAGGGAAAGAAGCAUAAGAACAAGAAGAAGGCAGAGAAGGGUGAGGUUGGUAAUGUCGGGGAUGGUGAAGGCAAAAGUGUAAUUGAGGGUGGAGAGAGCAAGAGGAAGAAGGAGAAGAAUGAGAUUGCUGAAAUCAGAGCUGCUGAAGCUGCAGCAAAAAUGAAGGCGGAGGUCGAGAUGAAAAAGCAACGGGAAAGAGAAAGAGAAGCUGCUCGAAAUGCAUUGCAACAGAUGGAGAAAACAGCUGGGAUUGAACUGAAUGUGGAGAUUGAAAAGGAGUUCGAGAUGCUGAUUGGAUUCCCUAUUUAUAAUAACUGGCAUGGUAGCAGAAAUGGAUCUGAAAAGGUGACUGGAGCACAUGGAGGAGCUCUGUGA